AUGCCAAAGAAGCACGAUAUCGGGUCUGGCGGCAGCCCACUUGACCAUCCGGCUCACUCGCUACCUUACGAAGCUGUGAUCAAGGAACUAAACACUUCGUUGGACGAAGGUCUCACCCCUGACGAAGCAAGUUAUCGUCUCCAGCAAUAUGGUCCGAAUAAAUUGGACGAAGGCGAAGGCGUAUCGGUGGUCAAUAUUCUCGUUCGCCAGGUGGCUAACGCAAUGAUGCUAGUGCUGAUUUUGGCCAUGGCGGUCAGUUUCGGAAUCCAGUCGUGGAUUGAGGGCGGAGUGAUCUGCGCUGUCAUCAUUUUGAAUAUUGUUGCUGGCUUUUGCCAGGAGUACGCCGCGGAGAAGACUAUGGAGUCGUUACAUUCACUUUCCUCGCCAACAGGAACUGUCUCGAGAAAUGGACAGACGUUCUCAGUACCGUCGUCAGAGAUCGUGCCAGGUGACAUGGUCGAGUUGAGGACGGGAGAUGUUGUUCCAGCGGAUAUCCGUUUGGUUGAGGCAGUCAACUUCGAAACCGAUGAGGCUCUCCUGACAGGCGAGUCACUUCCCGUCCAAAAGGAAUGCGAUUCGAUCUUCAAAGAGGAUACCGGGUCUGGAGAUCGUCUCAAUAUCGCUUAUAGCUCCAGUACCGUGACUCGUGGCCGUGAAAUCGGUUCCAUUGCCCUCGCAUUGCGAUCCAGCGACAGCAAGCGUCGUCCGGUCAAACGUGGUCCUACUGGCAAGGCCAAAAAACGAUCGUACGUCCAAGCCUGGACUCUCACCGGGACGGAUGCCGUGGGUCGCUUCCUCGGUGUCAAUGUCGGUAUACCCUUACAAAGAAAGCUGUCCAAACUGGCCUGCUUACUAUUCGGAGUUGCUGUUGUCUUUGUCAUUGUUUUCAUGGCCGCGAACCUCUUCAAUAACAGCACCGAAGUCAUUAUGUAUGCUGUUGCAACUGGAGUCAGUAUGAUUCCUGCGUGCCUGAUGGUCGUGCUUACCAUCACUAUGGCGGUGGGUACCAAGCGCAUGGUCCGGCGGAACGUGAUUGUUCGCAAACUAGAUUCGUUAGAAGCGCUCGGUGCCGUCACAGAUAUCUGCUCAGAUAAGACGGGAACGUUGACCCAGGGAAAGAUGGUGGUCAAAAAAGCAUGGAUUCCGUCACAAGGAACGUACUCUGUUGGCACAUCUAACGAGCCUUUCAAUCCUACUGUGGGGAAAAUCACCUUCAUACCUCUACCUCCUGUGCGAUUAGAUGAUGAGAAAGAAGGUACCGUAGCGGAAACCCCAGAGACACUUGUUUCAGGAAAUCGCCAGCUCGAAGACUUUCUGGACGUCGCCUCUAUAGCCAACCUCUCUCAUGUAUACAAGUCUGAAGCGGGUGAAUGGAACGCGCGGGGUGAACCCACGGAGAUUGCCAUUCAAGUCUUUGCUUCGAGAUUAAACUGGAACCGCGACCGCUGGACUAAGGGUCAAGGCGCAACUCUUGCACCUGUGAUUUGGGACAAGGAUUCGUCUGCCCCUGUGCCUAUGACCGAUGACCAUCGUGACAAAAUCCUUCAGAACAUGGAGGAACUCGCCAAGAUGGGGCUUCGCGUAUUGGCUCUGGCCCAUCGACCAUAUACUGAACAAGCACAAGUGCUCGAAGGUGCCCACUUGCGACGUGAAGAUGUAGAGACUGGCCUGUGUUUCCUAGGACUGAUCGGCUUGUAUGAUCCUCCGCGUCCUGAAACAGCGGGCUCGAUACAGGCCUGUUAUCGCGCUGGUAUUGUUGUUCAUAUGGUUACUGGAGAUCACCCUGGCACUGCCCAAGUGAUUGCACAACAAGUGGGGAUCCUCCCUGCUGACUUUAGUACUGUGGCAGCUGACGUCGCGAACGAUAUGGUUAUGACUGCUAGUGAAUUCGAUAAACUCACCGAUGAACAGAUAGAUGCGCUUCCGACACUGCCUUUGGUCAUUGCACGCUGUGCUCCUCAGACAAAGGUACGCAUGAUCGACGCCCUUCAUCGUCGUGGUCGCUUUGCGGCGAUGACUGGAGACGGGGUGAAUGAUUCUCCAUCACUCAAGCAUGCCGACGUUGGUAUCGCAAUGGGUCAGGCAGGUUCGGAUGUGGCCAAAGACGCGUCUGACAUUAUCCUUACGGAUGAUAACUUUGCCUCGAUCCUUAACGCCAUUGAAGAAGGCCGUCGUAUCUUUGACAAUAUUCAAAAAUUCGUGCUUCAUCUAUUAUCCGAGAAUAUUGCUCAGGCUUGUACCUUGCUUAUCGGAUUGGCUUUCAAAGACGCCGAUAACCAAUCUGUUUUCCCUCUUUCGCCCGUGGAAAUCCUCUGGAUCAUCAUGAUUACGUCCGGUAUGCCUGAUAUGGGCCUUGGUAUGGAGGUAGCUGCCCCUGAUAUCAUGGAUCGCCCUCCGCAGAGUAAGCAAGGAAUCUUUACCUGGGAGGUAAUUGUAGAUAUCCUUGUAUAUGGUUUCUGGACCGCGGUACUGUGCCUAGCAGCAUUCUCUGUGCGCGUGUGGGGGUUUGGCAACGGUAAUCUGGCUCGCGGCUGCAAUAUGGAGUGGUCGGAUGAGAUUCGAGACUGCGAUCUAGUCUUCCGAGCGCGAGCUACCACAUUUGUGUGUCUGACAUGGUUUGCAUUAUUCCUGGCUUGGGAAAUGGUCAAUUUGCGUCGGUCAUUCUUCCGCAUGCAGCCAAAAUCCAAUAAAUAUUUCACUCAGUGGAUGUACGAUGUCUGGAGGAACAAGUUCCUUUUCUGGUCCAUUAUGGCGGGGUGGAUCACCAUGUUUCCCAUCCUUUACAUCCCUGUGCUGAACGACGUCGUUUUCAAACACGAGCCUAUCACCUGGGAAUGGGGCAUCGUGGCGGUGGAGGCCGUAUUAUCUUCAUGGGCGUCGAAGCCUGGAAAUGGGCCAAACGAGUCUUUUUCCGUCGUAGAGCGAGAAAGUAUCCGCUUUUGAGUCCGUUGGGAAACGUCGGGGAGCAACCCUAACAAAUGCU